CAUCAGCUAAUUCCAAGGCAGUGACCUCUGACCUCCCAGCUCUUAUCGACACAGUGACGUCUAAACCUGCUGCUGUUCGCACUAAUUCAGCCACAGUGGAAUCCAGCAGCACUGGCAGAACUCGAAGUCUUCCAGAAACCGGCUGCAGCUCAAUGCUGGAGCUACAAAAAACCUCAGCUCUGGACUCUCCUCCUCCUCUGACACCACCCCCACCUCCUCCUCCCGCAGCAGACGCCUCAGACCUUCCGCUUCCCUCACCUCCGGUCCUUCCUCCACUUCUGCCGUCGUCCAAACCGUCCUCCACCUCCAGUCCGACGCCGCCCCCCGCCGAGAGCCCCCUGCGUCCCACCACCCUCAACCUGAAGACGCUGCCGCGGCCCUCCGUCAGGGAGAACGGCGGCCCUCCGCCCGGGGUGGACGAGGAGGAGGAGGAGAGGAAGAUGCUGGAGGAGGAUCUGAAGAAAUGCAUCGACGACUUCAAAAAGAUCCGCUUGCCCAGAGUGUUUCCAGAUCGUAAGAGGCACUGGCAAAGUGACUUGCUCAAGAAGUACAAUGCGUAGGGAGCUUAGCUGCUUUGCUGUGGCACCAUGGUGAACAAACUUGACAAGGAUUUUGAAACAAUGAUGAGAGCACGCUGUGAACAGUGGACUCAGGCUUUAUACUCACAUUGCUCUGAUUCAUGCUGUGUGAACAGUGUCAGCGAGUUUACUUAAACCUCUGAUGUAGCAGCUUCUUUUGCCUGUCAACAGAAAUGAGUUGUUUGAUUAGUGAUCAGGCUGAGCUAAUCUAGCAAUCACACGUACACCUUCAAACACAAUGUCUUUUCCCAUCAUAGAACACAGCUUCCCUGUAGAGGAUAUUAGUCACACUUCUUUGUUCCACAACUUUGGAACAUUAAAAAAUAUUUUCUUCUUGCUCAGUCAAAGGGACAAUAUAUAUAAUGUCAUUAAUUAGAGAUUUCUGCCCUUCUCUCUGUACCGUGUCUGCUGAUCAAGCAAGUGGAAAAUGUAAGCAAAGUGUGAAUCUUUAGACGUUCGACCGUAAUGAUGCAAAAAUAAAAGAACGAAGUGAAAUCUCCGGUGCUAAUCAUCUAAA